AUUGCAUUUGAAAAAUCUUAUGAACCGCCAUGGAAGCGUGAAAUUUCUCCUCCAUCCAUCGUCGCCUUCGAGUGAUUUCAAUAAUCUGUGAUGAGAAGACGGAAUCACCGAACGAAAGCGACCGAAACCCUAAAGAAGAACGAUCCGCAAUUUGGGUUCACGAAUCCUGAUCCUUCGAGCUCUUCAGAUUCGAAACGCAGGAGAAGCGUGACUUUCGUCAAUGUUGAUCAUCGGAGUCCCUUGAACGAUUCCCCAGAAGCUCAAACCGGUCGAUCGCUUGAUGCCAAGACCUCGGAGUUUGCGUUCUUUAAGAAGUUAAAGUCUGAUUUUGGUAUCUGCUCUGAAUCUUCUGGCUCCAAGCCAUCGAAUAAAGUCAGUCAAAUUCCGAAAACCUUCGAAUCCAGAAGCAAACGAGGAGAAUAUGCAGGAACAGACCACGAAGCUAAAGAUAGAUGCAAUAGUUAUAGCUUCUCAACACCCAUUCACAAAGCAAGACGUGGUUCAUGUGGCUUGUCUAUGUCACCUGUCAACUUGACUCGAAAGGAUAAAGAGAAAGAUCCUGGGAAAUCUUCUUCUGGAUUCAGUAGAGAUAAGGACACAGUUCGAGGUGGUAACAACCUGAGAUGCGGAGGAAGCAGUGAUGAGAAAGGAGACUUAUUCUCUUCGAAGAGGAAGAGACUGAAUCAGUGGGUCAAAGAUACAUGGUCUACUGAGCUUACCUCAAACGGGCACGAUUUAGUUUCUGUUCUCCUAACUCGGCUGUUCCCUGGUACGGAGGAGACUCAUCCUUCUAGGUUUUCCAAGGAGAGGACGGAUAGAGUGAAAAGAAGAAGAACGUUUCUUGAUUCUCCUGGAUCAAAGUUUCUCAAGAAGUCCCAUGAAAGCUGUACAGAAUUUGACCACAGUCUGAAAAUGGAAAGGGCCAGAUCGAUCUCUUGGCAUGGGUUGCUGGAAAAUAGCAUUCCACCAAGUCUGCAGUUUGAAAUAGAUCAUGUUCACAGCAGUUCCAUCUUAAGAGAUCCGGAAGACAUUCGAUAUUCCAUCUCAUAUCCUAAGGAAUUGGUUUACAGACCUUCAUUGUUGACACAGAAGGCAUCACUGUCCUUUCCCGUUGAAAAAACUCUGGGCUGUUCUCCAAUGUCUAGCCUUCAUUUCAGAAAAUACAAGCCUCUUUCACUGGGUUAUCACAGAGAAGAAAGUGGGUUCAGCUCAGAGGACUUAUCACUUGAUCAAAGAGAGCCUUCCUCUGCAUUACUUCUCGAGUGGAAUACUGAAACGGCAAGCACCAGAAAGACAGAUGAUUUGCCACUGAGUCAUCACACAAAACUCAUCACAUAUCCAAAUGCACCAUCCUCAUCUUUGACUGAUAAUCCAUGGAGCUCUGACUAUUCUUCGUCCCAUGAUCUGGUUACAAAAGAGCUGUACCCUUUACCUCUGCUCUCUCAUUACACUUCAGGCAGUUUCCUAUCACCACCAACGAGCCGUUUUGAGCAUGAAUUUGAGAGGCAUAUUAUUGAUGACGAAGAUUUUGUAGCUGCAAACCAGAAUCUCCAGACAUUUCAUCACACAAAUAGCUCAGACUACACAUACAAUCAUAAUCUUUCUAACCCACCAGUGGAUCAUUUCCCGUUUGAAGUCCUUGGAUGUGAAAUAGAAUCCUUUCGAUUUUCCAGCAUCAGCAAUUCAAAUCUGCUGGAAGCGUCUAGUCCUACACAAAGCGAUCAUUUUGAAUCCCAUGAUCUAAUACCCUUUAGUUUUCAGUCACCUCAACCUUGGAUUGAUUCAUAGAAGUAAAACCCCUUGUGGUAGCUAUGUGCUUAAG